GCCGCUUUCCACCAUCGCCCCAACCGCCCACCGCAUCCCAUCCCGUCCCGGCUGGUGGAAUCCUCCCCGAGCUGCGAGCAGUCAUGCACCACCGAUCGUCCUGGAUCACCGCCCUCCUGGCCAUUGUGCUGGCCGUCUCGUACGUCCAUGCCCUCCACUUUUACCUCGACGGCGCCGAUAUGCGGUGCUUUGUCGAGGAACUCCCUGCCGACUCGAACGUCAUCGGCUCUUUCAAGUCCGAGACCUGGGGCGAGGAGACCCAGAGCUACCAAGAAAACGCUGCCGUCGGCAUCCAAAUCUUUGUCGAAGAUCUGGCCACUCGCCACGCCAUCGUCAACCAGAAGGCCGGCCACAAGGGUCGCUUCUCCUUCACCACCACCGAGUCGGGCGAGCACCACCUCUGCUUCUCCCAGAACUCGACCACUUGGUUCAACAGCAUCAAGACCCGACUCUACGUUGAGCUGAUGUUUGGCGAUCCCACCCACAAGCUCGAGGAUGGAAAGAAGGAUGAGAAGCUCAACGCGCUCACUGUCCGGCUACGCGAAAUGAACAACCGCAUCAGCAACAUUCGUCGCGAGCAGCAGUACCAGCGGGACCGAGAGGUUGAAUUCCGCCAGCUCAGCGAAAAGGUCAAGGGUCGCGUCUUUUACUGGACUGUCGUUCAGCUGAUUGUGCUCGGUCUCACCUGCGCCUGGCAGCUGACGCACUUGAAAAAGUUCUUUGUCAGCAAGAAGUUGGUGUAAAGCCUAUGUUAGUGACGACGCCCAUGGGAUCGGUCCCUGAGCCUUGCCUUGCCGUGCCUCCCCUCCCCUCAUCCAAGAUUCGGGAGAUUCGGGACAUGUGAAUGCAGACCACCUCCAAUCGGCAUCGGCACUGUGUGUUGGUUCGUGGAUUUUGUGCCGUUUGAGAGUUAGAGCCUCGUUCCUACUGUUCGUUGAGGAAUAAAUGUUGCUGCAUAUUGGAAGCCUCCGUUCGCCA